UCUCUGAAUGAGACCUGGGACGGCGUAAGAGAUGCCAGGGCGUACGGGAAACUCUGCGUAGGCUACGGCCUCGACCAGACGUUCUACGAGCAAUCCGAGGACUGCCUAACCCUCAACGUCGUCCGGCCCGCCAACCUAGAGGAGGGAGUUAAGCUGCCCGUGGGCGUAUGGAUCCACGGCGGGGCGUUCGCGAACGGCGGCGGCGGCGACCAGCGGUACAAUCUCUCGUUCAUCGUCGAGCAGUCCGUCCGCAUUGGGCGGCCCAUCAUCGGCGUGUCGAUGAACUACCGGCUGCACGGGUGGGGGUUCCUGAGCUCGAAUGAGAUGGCGGGGGAGGGUGCUACGAAUCUGGGGUUGAGGGACCAGAGGCUCGCGUUGCGGUGGGUGAAGGAGAAUAUCGAGGGGUUUGGGGGGGAUAAGGGGAAGGUGGCGAUUUGGGGGGAGUCGGCGGGCGCGGCGUCGGUGGGGUUGCAUCUUACGGCGUAUGGGGGGAGGGAUGAGGGGUUGUUUCGCGCGGCGAUAAUGCAGAGUGGGAAUCCGGUGUUCUAUGGCGUGCAGAAUGGGACGCAGCAAUCUCAGCCGGUUUUUGAUGAGUUGGUGAAGGAGACGGGGUGCUAUGAGACGGUUGAUCGGGUGCAGUGUUUGAGGGAGCUUCCGUUUGAGAGGUUGAAUAGGACGUUGGGGGCGUUGUUUUUGACGGCUGGUGGUCUUGGGCCGGUUAUUGAUGGGGAUAUCAUACGGAAUUAUGGGAGUCUUCAACUUGAGCGUGGGGAGUUCGUGAAGGUGCCGAUCAUCACUGGGGCGAACAGUGAUGAGGGCGCAUCUCUUGGACCCAAAGGCAUCAACUCGACGGCUGCAUUCCUGGCCACGAUAUCGAACUUCCCUUCUUUCUUCCAGGAAGCCAUCUUGAAAGCAUAUCCGGACGAUCUCACGACGAACGUCGUUGCCAGUUUAGGAAACCAGCGGCCCGGUCCUCCAUAUGGCGCCCAGUUCCGCCGCGCGGCGACGUAUUUCGGGGAUGUGCUGUUCAUUGCAUCGCGGCGGGAAACAGCGAAGACAUGGGCCGCUAACGGCGUACCUGCAUAUGCCUACCGGUUCAACGCCAUUCCUCACGGCGUGCCUCCAGAGGUUGGCGCAGGACAUUACAAAGAGAUAGGGUACAUGUUCCGCAAUUUCCUUGGUGUCGGCCAUCGUCCGGACAUACGACCUUUCGACGGCAUGCCGAAAGGUCACUUCGAGCUUGCGGAUCUGAUGAGUGCGAGCUGGGCGAGUUUUAUACAUGGUUUGGAUCCGAACGAUUGGGAGGGAAGGCCCGCUGAGGUGGAGCUUUGGCCAAAAUACGAUGUCGAUACGCCGUUGGAUUUCGUGUUUGAUGCGAAUGUUACGAGUUACGCUGAGAAUGAUACAUUUCGGAUGGAGGGUAUUGAAUUGAUUAAUAGGAAUGCUCGUGGGAUGUAUCAUAGGUAG